UCUAAAGCUCAUAAGAAUCAUAUCCACAUGCUCCAAAAAAUGACCAAAACCAUGAUCCCUCUGCCUCUCCCCUACCUUAUCCUCCUCCUAUCCACCACCAUCCCCACAACCGCUACCACUUCCGCCUACCCUUCUGUCCCUCAGGACUGCACUCUUUCGACAGGGGAUGAGAAACUGGUUCCUGUUAGGCGGGAAGUUUACGGUGAUGGGAGAAUCUUCGAUAUUAGCCACCGAUACACUACUGACAUGCUGACAUGGGGAAGCAAUGACGGGCUGGGCCAGUUUCUGUGGCUUCCUGCUAGCAUGAAGAAUGGCUCUCUCGCCAAUAAUUCUGAGAUGAAAAUGCCUACCCAUACUGGCACGCACGUCGACGCGCCGGGCCAUAUGAUUGACCGUUACUUUGAUGCUGGGUUCGAUGUCGACACCCUUGAUCUUGAAGUCCUUAACGGUCCAGCUCUGUUAGUUGAUGUGCCGAGGGAUAAGAACAUAACUGCCGAGGUCAUGGAGUCACUGCAAAUUCCCAAGGGAGUGCGUCGUGUGCUUUUCAGAACAUUAAAUACUGACAGGCGGCUUAUGUUUACGAAGGAGUAUGACUCAAACUAUGUUGGAUUUACAACGGAUGGGGCAAGAUGGUUGGUGAAGAACACUGAUAUCAAACUUGUGGGAAUCGAUUUCUUAUCCGUUGCAGCCCAUGAUCAUCUGGUUUCAGCUCAUCUUGAAUUUUUUGAGAGCAGGGAAAUUAUUCUUGUGGAAGGCUUAAAGCUCGAUGAUGUGCCACUUGGAAUAUAUUCUGUCCACUGCUUACCUCUUAGGCUGCUUGGCGCUGAAGGAUCACCCAUAAGAUGCAUUCUCAUGAAAUGAUGCAAAUGCAAGUCUUUCGGAGUUAUACCAGAGAUUUGGUCGUAGUAGCUGCUAGCUAUGAUGAUUUGCUAUGCUUAUGCAAAUUAGACUUUAAAUCUGUUGCAGGAAUUAAUAAUAACCCUGGAGUCUGGGGGUGAUCAGUGAGACAAUCAAAGUGGUAUGGAAGGAAAUUAGAGCCGGCUGGUCCUAAAUUAGUAGCAUGUAAUGUAAGCAAAGUGGUUUGUCUCAAAUAAUGAGAAGAAUUGGCUAUCAAUAAAUUAAUAGUGUGAUGUGUUUAUGGUAUUGAA